AUGGCGACCACCGUGGCGCCACAGGAUUUCCACCAUCCAUUUACCCCGUACGACAUUCAGCUCCAGUUCAUGCAGGCUCUAUACGGCUGCCUUGAAGACGGAAAAGUGGCCGUCUUUGAGUCCCCCACCGGUACUGGUAAAUCGCUGAGCUUGAUCUGCGGCUCUCUCACUUGGCUGCGGGACCACAAGCGAAAGGCCUUUCAGGAGACCUUGGAUCAGGCAGCAUGCGACGAUGACGAGCCAGAAUGGAUGGUCGAGUUUGCCAAAAAGAGUUCGCGUCGUGCCAUUGCCGAGAAAAGACAAGAGUUUGAGGCCCGAUUGGCCAAGAUUAAACGUGAAGAAGGGCGAUUGAAGCAGGCUGCAACAACGCAAGACCGGCCUCGUAAGAAACAGCGACUGGAUGAAACAGAUGAUCAGCCAAGUCAUGAUGACGAUGAGCAAUUCGUCCUGGAUGAGUAUGACAGCGAGUCGGAAGAUCGAAAGAAACCAAGCGAAUCAGGAGGAGUUGACGGCCUAUCUGCCAGCACACUCGCUUUGUUAGAAAAGUUCCAAGGGAAGUUGUCCACCCAGAAGAAAGACGAGGAUGAGGAAGAUGGAACAGUCAAAAUCUUCUACUGCUCGCGAACCCAUUCCCAACUCAGCCAAUUUGCAGGUGAACUGCGUCGAGUCACUUUUCCAUCAAGCAUCCCGCUUGACCCGGAAAAAGGCGACGAGGACGAUAGCCUGUCGAAGCUCGAGGAAGCCGUGAAACACCUCUCAUUGGGCUCGAGAAAGAAUCUCUGCAUAAAUCCCAAGGUCCGCGCUUUGGAGAAUAGCACUGCGAUCAACGAGCGUUGCUUGGAUCUGCAACAAUCAGGCGUCGCUGCCGACAAGAAAUGUUCUUUCCUGCCUUCCAAGGAUGACGACGCAUUGCUCCUCCAGUUUCGAGACCAUGCCUUGGCUACGGUGAAGGAUAUUGAGGAUAUUGGGAAAGUGGGCAAGGAACUUGGAAUAUGUCCCUACUAUGCGUCCCGCUCGGUCAUCAAACACAGUGAGAUCGUGACACUACCAUAUCCAUUACUUCUCCAACGAUCUGCCCGAGAGGCCCUCAACUUGUCCGUCAAGGACCAUGUAGUCAUCAUCGACGAGGCGCACAAUCUGAUGGAUGCAAUUGCCGGUAUUCACUCAGUGACCGUCUCGCUAUCUCAACUGCAAACAGCCAUCACACAAUUAACAACAUAUGCACGCAAAUUCAAGAACCGGCUCAAGGGAAAAAACCGAAACUACGUCGCGCAAGUGAUUCGGCUAGUGAGCUCCAUCGCUCGCCACCUCCAUGAGAUCUUACAACAAAAAGGGCCUGCCGAGGGCUCUAUCCAGCCAUCCGAUCUCAUGGCUGGCAAGGGCGUGGAUCAGAUCAACCCAUACAAGCUAUCUCGGUACCUGCAAGAGAGCAAGCUAGCCCGGAAAGUCGAUGGGUAUGUCGAGGCAUCGCAAGAGCCGCAAGGCGCUCGGUCUAGAGACCGGUCUACAGUACCGGUUCUCUUCCAUAUCCAGAGUUUCCUGUUACCUCUUAUGAAUCCGUCGGAAGAGGGCAGGUUAUUCUUUCAAAAGGACAAGAACGAUGUGCAUCUGAAAUACCUGCUACUCGAUCCGACCAAUCACUUCCGGCAGAUUGUCGAAGAUGCCCGGGCCGUGAUUCUGGCUGGUGGUACUAUGUCUCCAAUGUCUGAUUACAUGAAUCACUUAUUCUCCUACGUUCCGCCUGAGCGACUUGGUACAUUCAGCUAUGGCCACGUUAUUCCUCACACCAACCUUGUAGCACAAUCCCUUACAAAGGGACUCAUGGGUUCCGAUUUUGAUUUCACUUACGAAGCCCGGAACUCGGAGAAAAUGAUCACCGACCUCGGAAGAACAAUAGCAACCCUAUGCCAGGUCAUCCCCGACGGCGUCGUCGCCUUCUUCCCCAGCUACGACUACCUCAGCCAAGUAGUCACCGUCUGGCAAAAGCCCAUCCCAAACGGCAACGGCUCCACAAUCCUCAGCCUAAUAUCCAACAAAAAGAAAAUUCUCUACGAAUCCCGCGACGCAACCACAACCACAGACACCCUCCUCGCAGAAUACACCUCCGCCGUCGCCACAGGCAGCGGCGCGCUGCUCCUCUCUGUGGUCGGCGGCAAACUCUCCGAAGGAAUCAACUUCUCCGACGAACUAGGCCGCGGCGUCCUCAUCAUCGGCCUACCAUUCCCCAACAUCCGCAGCGCAGUCUGGCAAGCGAAGAUCAAGUAUAUUGAAGAGAAGACGUAUAAGUCGCAUGUUGGCAACGAGGCGGAGAAGAAGGCUAGUGCGGCGGCGGCGGGAAGGGACUUUUAUGAGAAUGCGUGUAUGAGGGCUGUUAAUCAGUGUAUUGGGAGGGCGAUUCGGCAUGUUAAUGAUUAUGCGGCUAUUGUUAUGGUUGAUCGGAGGUAUGAGACGCCGAGGAUUCAGGCUAAGUUACCAGGGUGGAUUCGGGGGAGUUUGGUUGCGAGUUCGAGUGUGAGGCCGGCGCAGGGGACUGUGCAGCGGUUGUCGAAGUUUUUUGCUGAGAAGGCAGGAUGA